AUGACAGCAGAGCGCAUCGAGUCGUUUCGCGUCACGAAAAGCUUCGCCAAGGUUUUUUCUUGUACCUUCUUUCUGGGAGUCAUGCACUUCAACAAGAUACUUUGAGCACAAGUGUUCCCUUGAGGGCAGCUCAAGUCUUAUUUUAAGGGACGUGAAGAUAGCCCGACUUAUGGCAAAAAAAAGUGGAGAAGGGUUUUUUCUUACUGCGACCAGGAAACAUCCAGGAAAAUAAAUCUUUUCAAGCUCCCUUCGUUGAUAAAUACUUCCACACCACGUUAAGAAAAUUUCGAAACAAAAGAAAGAAGAUAUUUAGACGCCUCCGUAGUAUUUCCAAGUUAAAGUUGGAUGAACAGUAGCUUUCUGAAUUAUUUGAAUGUGACGUGAGUUGCCAAACAAGCCUGGGAUAAAAUGAAGAUAUCUUCAUAUUUAGCUUUGAGAAGGAGAAAACCAGUUCUUACGUUUUAUCCAAAUGUUCCUUCAGUUCAUGGAGCUCCCACACAUGCUCGAGUGGAAGGUAAGCGAUCAAGACGUGAUGGUGACCGGCCGCGUCCUUUCCUACUUCCGCAGCAAGGUCUUUCCGUGUCUCGUUCUGAGGUAGAAUGAGCAAUCUUCCAGGGAUUCUUCCUGGACUCGCUCAGCAGCCUCAAGGGCAGGCCGAUGACGUUGACGAAAAAGGGCUUCCUCUUGAUUUAUGAGAAGCAAGAUCGAGGUUCAUCCUUGUGAAGGAGCUUGAAAAUUGAAAUCUGGUCGCAAUUAGAAUGGCUCGACGCACCCUCGACGGUUCGAGCCAUUCUACGUGCGACCAAGAAAUUCGAUUCCGAGCGGAUUUUUUCGAAGAUCCUCAAUCAACUUUUAGAAUCCAAGUAACAAAAAAAAGCGCCGGAAAAAAACCACUAGAGUGGACUUUUAACUAUUUCCUAUAGUAGAUACUUUGAAGGACUCGUCGUCGACCUUCGCACAGUCAAGCGCAUCAUCACCACCACUGACAUGUACAAGUCGCGCAAGACCUCCUUUGUACUCUUUUAGCAUAUUCCUUUCGCUGAAACGACAUUUCCAGAAGAGAUGUCACAUCAAGCUCAAGUUUGCCCAGGGCAACAUACACCUGUUCCUGAUCGGAGAACAGAUAGCCGCCUGGCGAAACGCCAUCUGCACGGUCCACGAAUCCAACAGAAAAGCGUGUCCUCACGAGGUCGAGGAGGAGAACUCGCCGAGCCCAGUGGAAGAGACCCUGCCGGCCAAAAUCACGCAAGGAAGCUCGCACACGGCCAGGAACCAAACCGAACAGUCGACGGUACCAAUUGAAAGCCAUUCAGAUAGUAUGAGAUCGGCUGCAGGUCUCGGAAUGGUUGAGCGGGACGUCGGAGCCAACCGAUUCGGAAGAUGACACCAACAGCGGAAUGAUAACGGUCAUUGAAAGACCGCCAGUUGAACUGUCAGCUUUUCUUUUGGAUUCAACGAUAUCGUGUAAUUGCAGGCCGUCGCUGCGACGCGGCAGACGUCGUGUCUCUUCGAUGAGACAGAUACUCGAAAACGAUCUGAUGGAGGAAUUGCGCUCCAAGGUCUCCACGACUCAGAAAACGACACCGGCAGUCGUUUCAAGAUCUAACUCAAUUAGGGUGAGCCUACUUUGAAUAAUAGCCAAAACAAAAAUAUUAUCAAAGUGCGCUCCACGGCUAACUUGAUCACUUUUUGAAUUUUCAAUUACUUCUUGACACAAUUAUGUUCUUUAGAGCUUGCUGACAAUAUCGCCUUGGUUUUACGAAAUUUUCGGUUCUUAAAGAUUUUCCGUCAGCUCAUUCCGUCAUACGCUCUUUCUGUAGCUUAGAAAACCAUUCCUUUACAGGUACCAGGUGCACCAAAAAAGGAGCCAGCCGCAACAAAGAACUCGUUUUCCUUCUUCUACCCAGCAGCACAGGACGGCGAAACGGUAAAAUGUCGAAGGAAGAUCCGAAAGAAUGAUAUAAUAUUCAGGAAAGCGCGCGACAGAGCAAGAUGCCAGUGAGGAAAAGCGGAAAAGCCGCGCCGCCAGAGGAGGAUCCGACGUGGUGGCAGAAGUCUCUUCGCUGCUGA